AACAGUGAAGAAAGUGGUGUCUAGUACAUUCACAUUAAGGGCGAGUUUAUGGAAACAACCUGCUCAGCCGUGAUUUCCCCUCGAUUAACGACAAAAAGCAGCGUGUUUGUCUUACCUAGACUGAUGGGCGAGGUGGUUUAAAGAAGAAUAAUUCAGCGCUUAACUCGCAAUGGAAACGAGUCUUUAGUGGAACAGAAAUGUUUGUGUACGCUUUCUGGAGGAAAAUAACGCUAUGUCUUGAUUCCUCACUCUGACGGUUCGCGGUAUUUUCUGUGCUGUAGUCUUUAAUGUGUGCGUGCCAGUGUAUUUCAGAGCUACUUCUGAGGACCGGGGCAGUCAGCCGAAGGAGGAACACCCAUGAAAAAUUAUCCAUCAUGGAAUCUGAUCAUUAAACUUUGAGCAACAAUUUCAUGUCGGGGAGAGUGACUGCAUGGGAAGCAGCAGAGAGGAGGAGAUAACAGACUAAUGUUGAUGAAAAAGAGCACUCCUCUCCUUGUUUCGUUGUGAAUGUUUGACUCUUACGGUCGUGAACGAUACACGCACCUAGGGGACGGAAAAGCAGUUUGUGUUGUGAUGCUUCUUCUCCAUUUCUUUUCUGGUGUCAGUUUUGGUUUCUGCUGUAAGAUCUGUGCUAUUCCAGAAUGGCUCGCUUUGAAGACGAAUUAUCCAGCCGUUGUGGCGGCAGCUGUCCCGCGGGCCCGGCCAGAGGGGCCAGCCGGCAGCCGGGGCCUCCGGGCCAGAGGGUGUACAAGCAGACGAUGGCCCAGAGAGCCAGGACCAUGGCCAUUUACAACCCCAUUCCAGUCAAACAGAACUGCCUCACAGUUAACCGCUCUCUGUUCAUCUUCAGCGAGGAUAAUAUCAUACGGAAAUAUGCCAAAAAGAUCACCGAAUGGCCUCCAUUUGAGUACUUGAUCCUGGCCACCAUUAUAGCAAACUGCAUUGUGCUGGCCUUGGAGCAACACCUACCGGCCUUAGACAAAACACCGAUGUCAGAACGUUUGGACGACACAGAGCCCUACUUUAUUGGAAUAUUUUGUUUUGAGGCUGGCAUCAAGAUCAUCGCCCUGGGCUUUGCCUUUCACAAAGGAUCUUACCUGCGUAAUGGCUGGAAUGUAAUGGACUUUGUGGUGGUCCUAACAGGGAUCCUGGCCACUGUGGGGGCUGAUUUUGAUCUAAGAACACUCAGGGCGGUGAGAGUACUGCGGCCACUCAAACUGGUCUCCGGCAUUCCAAGUCUUCAGGUGGUAUUGAAGUCUAUUAUGAAAGCCAUGGUACCUCUGCUUCAGAUCGGCCUGCUGCUUUUCUUUGCCAUCCUCAUGUUUGCCAUCAUUGGCCUCGACUUCUACAUGGGCAAGUUCCAUCGCACCUGCUUCAGGAUAGACACAGGCGAACAGGCAGCAGAUUUCCCCUGUGGCCUGGAGGCUCCGGCGAGGACCUGCGACAAUGGCACCACCUGUAAGGAGUACUGGAUUGGACCCAGCUUUGGCAUCACCAACUUUGACAAUAUCCUCUUCGCUGUUCUCACCGUUUUCCAGUGCAUUACUAUGGAGGGAUGGGUGGACAUCCUCUACAAUGCUAACGAUGCUUCAGGGAACACGUGGAACUGGCUGUACUUCAUUCCCCUCAUCAUCAUCGGUUCCUUCUUCAUGCUCAACCUGGUGCUAGGUGUGCUGUCAGGGGAGUUUGCCAAGGAAAGAGAGCGGGUGGAGAAGAGGCAAGAGUUCCUGAAGCUCCGUAGACAACAGCAAAUAGAAAGAGAGUUAACUGGGUACCUGGAGUGGAUCUGCAAAGCAGAGGAGGUGAUGCUGGCAGAGGAAGACAAGAACGCAGAGGAGAAAUCUCUGGAUGGAGCGUGGUACAAAAGGAAACACAACAGCUCUGUGCUGAAAAGGAGCAAGAAGAGUAAGAAUGACCUCAUCAAUGCAGAGGAUGGCGAGGAUCACUUCAUUGACAUCUCAUCUGUUGCCCCCCCAGGGUCGCCGUUCGCCCGGGCCAGCGUGAAGAGCAAGAACGAGAGCUCGUCUUACUUCAGGAGGAAAGAGAAGAGGAUUCGCUUCACCAUCCGCCGUCUGGUCAAGUCCCAGAGCUUCUACUGGACUGUGUUGUGUCUGGUUGGCCUCAACACGUUGUGUGUAGCCAUAGUACACUAUGACCAGCCUAAAUGGCUCACCUAUGCCCUGUACCUGGCCGAGUUUGUAUUCCUGGGCCUGUUUCUGGCAGAGAUGUCCAUGAAAAUGUAUGGCCUCGGACCCCAGAACUACUUCCACUCCUCUUUCAACUGUUUUGACUUUGGGGUGAUUAUUGGCAGUAUUUUUGAGGUGAUCUGGGCUGCCAUCAAACCUGGGGCCUCAUUUGGGAUCAGUGUCCUGCGGGCUCUGAGAUUGCUCAGAAUCUUCAAAGUCACCAAGUACUGGAACUCUUUGAGGAACCUGGUGGUAUCCCUGCUAAACUCCAUGAAGUCUAUCAUCAGCCUGCUGUUCCUCCUAUUCCUCUUCAUUGUGGUCUUCGCUCUGCUGGGCAUGCAGCUGUUCGGUGGCCAGUUUAAUUUUGAAGAUGAAACGCCAACAACUAACUUUGACACAUUCCCAGCAGCGAUUCUCACCGUCUUCCAGAUCCUAACUGGGGAAGACUGGAACGCAGUUAUGUACCAUGGGAUCGAAUCACAGGGGGGUGUUCAUGGGGGAAUGUUCUCCUCCAUUUAUUUCAUCGUCCUCACUCUCUUUGGAAACUACACACUCCUCAACGUGUUCUUGGCCAUUGCUGUCGAUAACCUCGCAAAUGCCCAGGAGCUCACUAAGGAUGAAGAGGAGCAAGAGGAGGCCAUCAAUAAGAAGCUUGCACUCCAGAAGGCCAAGGAGGUAAAGGAGGUCAGCCCCAUGUCGGCCACUAACAUUUCUAUCACAGCUUUUCUAACACGCAGUCGAGGUAACGCACACUCUAGCAGCUCAUCCAUCUGCAGCGUUAACUCACUGAGUUAUGUCUGCACCCCCGGCCAUCACUACCUGAGUAAGGAGCAGCAAAAGUCAGUGAAGACGAUGUCAGUGUGGGAGCAGAGGGCCAACCAGCUGAGGAGGCAGAAUCGGGCGAGCUGCGAGGCCCUCUACAGUGAGCUGGAGCCUGAGGAGCGUCUCCGUCUGUCCUCAGCCCUCCAUAUCCGGCCCGACAUGAAGACCCACCUUGACCGGCCACUGGUUGUUGAACCUCGCGAUGGGCCUUUGCUGGGCUGCCACCAGCACCUCCAUCAUAAGCCCUGCAUGCCAGAGGAGGCCAAGACUACCGCCGACCCUCCUCCUCCUGUUCCUCACCAGACCCGCCGCCACCACCGGCACAGAGAAAGGGACCGGGCCAGAAUGAGAGAGGAGACAAAUGAUAACGGUGACACCAGUAAAGACAGGUUUCACCACGUCCAUCACAGCCGCCCCAAAGACUACGGCGGUAGCCAGUAUAAAGAGGGGAAGAGUGAGCGGUCCCGCAGCCGAGAGGGAGGCAGGAGGCAUCACCAUCAGAACUCAGUGGACAAUAGCACAGGUGGAGGUGUCAUGAGUGAGAGACAGCAUCGCCAUCAUCAUUCACACCGGCAGCCCCGAGGGGGCAACGGGACAGUGAACAGUGGAGGGAGGGGAGAGCGAAGAUUCCGCCACAAAGAUGGACGUUCGUCUAACAGGGAUGGGGAUAGGAAUUCCAGAGGAGACAGUGAUGACAAUGGAGAGAGGAGGAGACAUCUGACUCAUGGAUCCAAGGGCCAAGACACAGCUGAAGGAGAGAAGUCCAAUGAGAGAGAGAAGACCAACAGUCACAGGGAUAGGUUUGGUGACUCAGAAGGGGAGUCCCUAGCUAUCUCCCCCCAGCAGGGCCCUGGGGGGGGCAACUGGCCUCCUGACCGACCAGAGGACUCAGACAACCAGAGGAAUGUCAAACGAACUGGCCAGAGCUCAAUCCAAAUUCCUCCUGUGACUAUCACCUCCCCACCUGGAGAGACCACCCUUAUACAAAUGAACAGUAUUGACAGUGAGACAAUGCCCAUGAAUGAGAAGACCCUGGAGGAUCUAGGUCAAAGUGGACCCAAACCCAUUCUGCCUUACAGUUCCAUGUUCAUCUUUGGACAGACCAAUCCGGUGAGGCGGUUAUGUCACUACAUUGUGACUCUGCGUUAUUUUGAGAUGUCCAUCCUGGUUGUCAUUGCUAUGAGCAGUAUAGCUUUGGCAGCAGAAGACCCUGUCUGGACGAAUGCCCCUCGCAACAAUGUGCUCAAAUAUCUUGACUAUGCCUUCACCGGUGUUUUCACUUUUGAAAUGGUGAUCAAGAUGGUGGACCUUGGCCUGCUGCUUCAUCCUGGAUCCUACUUCAGAGACCUGUGGAACAUUCUGGACUUCAUAGUGGUCAGUGGGGCGCUGGUGGCUUUUGCAUUUUCGAGCUUCAUGGGAUCGCAACAAGGUGUGACCAGGGGGACCAAAGGCAAAGACAUCAGCACUAUUAAGUCUCUAAGGGUUCUCCGAGUGCUCAGGCCUCUCAAGACCAUCAAGCGUCUGCCAAAACUCAAGGCGGUGUUCGACUGUGUGGUCAACUCUUUGAAGAAUGUGCUGAACAUCCUCAUCGUUUACAUCCUCUUCAUGUUCAUCUUUGCUGUCAUCGCAGUUCAGCUCUUCAAGGGAAAAUUCUUCUACUGCACAGACGAGUCCAAGGGCCUUGAGAAGGACUGCAAAGGACAGUUCCUAGACUACGACAAAGACGAGGUGGCCGCCAUGCCCCGAGAGUGGAAGAAAUAUGAGUUUCAUUAUGACAAUGUGCUGUGGGCCUUCCUGACCCUCUUCACUGUCUCCACUGGGGAGGGCUGGCCAACUGUGUUGAAGCACUCUGUGGAUGCCACCUUUGAAGACCAGGGUCCUAGUCCAGGCUACCGGAUAGAAAUGUCCAUCUUCUAUGUGGUCUACUUUGUGGUUUUCCCUUUCUUCUUUGUCAACAUCUUCGUCGCUCUAAUCAUCAUCACCUUCCAGGAGCAGGGAGACAAGGCCUUGUCUGAGUGCAGCUUAGAAAAGAAUGAGAGGGCUUGUAUUGACUUCGCCAUAAAUGCCAAACCUCUGACACGCUACAUGCCCAAGAACACACAGUCCUUCCAGUACAGGAUGUGGAAGUUUGUGGUCUCAGCCCCAUUUGAGUACUCCAUCAUGAUCAUGAUCGCUCUCAACACUGUGGUACUCAUGAUGAAGUUCCAUGGAGCUCCAGACUACUAUGAAGUGAUGCUGAAGAACCUCAACAUAGUCUUCACCACUCUCUUCUCUCUAGAGUGUAUCCUCAAGAUUAUUGCUUUUGGUCCACUGAACUACCUAAAGGACGCCUGGAACGUGUUUGACUUUGUGACAGUAUUGGGCAGCAUCACUGACAUCCUGGUGACUGAAAUAAAUACUACGGACAGGUUGCUGAACCUGAGCUUCCUGAGGUUGUUCAGAGCCGCUCGGCUCAUCAAGCUGCUGAGGCAAGGCUACACCAUCCGUAUCCUGCUGUGGACCUUCGUCCAGUCCUUCAAGGCCCUGCCUUAUGUUUGCCUGCUGAUUGCUAUGCUGUUCUUCAUUUACGCCAUCAUUGGGAUGCAGGUGUUUGGCAACAUUGAGCUGAACGAGGACACAGCUAUCAAUCACCACAACAACUUCCGCACUUUCCUCCAAGCUCUCAUGCUGCUGUUCAGGAGCGCAACUGGUGAGGCCUGGCACGAGAUCAUGUUAUCAUGUUUGAGUCACCGAGCCUGUGACGAGCGAUCAGGGUCCCAUGGAAAAGAGUGUGGCAGUGAUUUUGCCUACUUCUACUUUGUCUCCUUUAUCUUCCUCUGCUCUUUCCUGAUGCUGAACCUGUUUGUGGCUGUCAUAAUGGAUAACUUUGAGUACCUAACCAGAGACUCCUCCAUCCUGGGGCCUCAUCACCUCGAUGAGUUCAUCCGGGUUUGGGCCGACUAUGACCCAGCUGCAUGCGGACGGAUUUCCUAUAAGGAUAUGUACAAUUUGUUACGCGUUAUCUCACCCCCCCUUGGCUUAGGGAAGAACUGCCCUAAUAGGGUUGCAUACAAGCGCCUUGUCAAAAUGAACAUGCCCAUCGCUGAUGACAACACUGUCCACUUCACCUCCACCCUGAUGGCCCUGAUUCGCACUGCCCUGGAGAUCAAACUGGCCUCAGGCAUGGUAGCCCAGCGAUUAUGUGACGCUGAGUUAAAGAAGGAGUUGUCCACAGUGUGGCCCAACCUCUCUCAAAAGACCAUGGAUCUGUUGGUGACGCCACAUAAACCCAAUGAACUGACGGUAGGGAAGGUUUAUGCGGCCCUGAUGAUCUUCGACUACUAUAAGCAGAAUCGAUCAAGGAGGCUGCAACAGCAGCAACAGAGCGCAUCAGGUUCCCAGUGCAAGGUCGGGGCUCUGUUUAAGCCAUUGCUGCCUCUGACUCACAUGCAGGAGAAAGAUCUGCCUAUGAUGUUAAACAGUGUGGAGCCUCCCAGCAUGCUUCAGCCCCAGCCUAAAUCCCAUGCCAAGUCCCAGCGACAGACCAGACCUAGCUCCACCUUCCUCAACAAUGGAGGCACGCUGCCAGGUCAUGACCACAUCAAGGCAUCAUCUUCCUGGGUGAUGGAGAAACCCAGGGAAGCGCCCCGAGCUAAGACUAAGAGAACCAUGUCUAGGGGCCCAUCAGAGGACACACCAGACAGUGAUGUCAUUCAGGAGUCGGUGGAGAUGAGGAAGAUGGAGACCAGUGCCAGCAGUAUAAUCCCAGUACCAGGCUCAGGUCUGGAGAACCAGGGCAGAGCUGCUUCUAUGCCUCGACUCCAUAUUGAGCUACAGCGGAGCCACUCACGCCACUCUCCAGGGAUCCAUCUAGCUUCUGUCCCUGAUGCCAGCCCUAUGAAGCGCUCAGCCUCAACUGUGGCCCCACAGCGUCGCCAGGAGGUCAACUUGAGGGACUACACCCUGGAGAAACCCAGCCAGGACCGACUUCACCACCAUCACCACCACCACCGCUGCCACCACCGCAGAGACAGAGAUAAAGAGAGAGAGAAGAGGCAGAGGUCUUUGGAUACACCUCUGGGGGGACAACCACCCGGCUCUGCUGGUGCACCAGGAGAGCCAGCGUCUGACCCAGCUGCCUCCAGAGAGCGAGCCCACGACCGUGGACGCUCCCACGAGAGGAAACACCACUACUCCUCGACAGACAAGCAGCGCUACUACUCCUGCAACCGCUACUGCAGCCGGGAACACUGCCGCACCAAAUCUGCCACCGCCAGCUGUGCUGCCUCCCCUGGCGAGGGGCAGGAAAACAGUAACAAGCAGGGCAGCGGUUGGGUUAAAGGCAGCCCAGUGACACUGAGUUCCAGUCCUAGCACCGCGAGCCGUGGACGUCGGCAGCUUCCCCAGACCCCCCUCACCCCGCGGCCUGGGGUGGCCUAUAAGACUGCCAAUUCAUCCCCCUUGCACUUUGUUUCCAGCCAGGCCUCUCUGAGUCCCAGCCGGCUGAGCCAUGGCUUGUCGGAGCACAACACCCUAUGGCACAGCAGCUCCCGCUACUUCCCCUGCCUUGUCACUCGUAUUAGCUCUGAGCCCUUCCUGGGCCGGGGCCACACUGAGGCCCUGGGCAGCCUGUACGGCAGCCUCCGGGACCAGCUGGACGUCUUCCAACAUGCAGUGUCAAUGUCCAGCCCCUGUGCCAGACACUCAUCUCGGACCGCACUGCCUCGCACGAUGGGAGCUCUGCCUCCCGCUCCCCAGCAGAACCUUGGGGUGCCUAACGGGUACCACUUCAGCUUCAGGGGCAGCACCAGCCCAGGCUCUGGCGUCAGGGCACCCAGGUAUUACCAGGAGGCAGAGGAGGACAAAUGGUGCUAGCAUGGCUUUAAACCAACCUUUUUUGAGGAAUUGUGAUGAGUUUUAUCAUCUUCUAUGAAGGCUUUAGUUUACAUUGUCACUGUGUAAUGCUGUAUUUUAAUCCUAACUUGGAGAGUUGUAAUUGGUAAUUUUUGAAUGUGAACAAGUGUCCUCUUUAUCAAAGGGCAUGUAAGCAUUAUGAAACAGAAGAGUAGGCUUUUUGCCAAUAUCAGAUGUCUUACAGUAGCUGUCCCUGAUUUCCUUUGACUUCAGUGUUUGUUGACACCACCAUAUUGACACUCAAACAGCAUAUAGCAUAUAUCUCCUGACUUUGGAAGAAUGGACGAUCCGAAGAAGUCUUUGAUUAUGUAGAUAAACCACCAGACCUGCUGUGUCAUUCAUAACUCCAGUCUGUAUUUCAGGGAAACCAUUCAAGUGCUGAUGUAUUUUGCUGUUUCACUUCAAGGUGAUUUGUCUAUGAUGAUGAGCAGUAAAGCUUUAUUCACACUAUACCGAAAAAAAACAAGGGUCUCAUAUGAUGCUUUGUUCCAAACAGGACUCUUCAACAGGAGUAGGGAAAUCUGUGCUACUUUUUGGCUUAAUUUUGCUAAUGGCAAUUUGCAAAAACUUAAAGCUGUAUUAAUUGUUUUUAUUCUGACAUUUGGGGGCAGCACAACUAGCUGUAAACAUAACAUUGACAUAUCAUCCUGACAUAUCCUGAGAUAAGUGCAGCUUUAACAUUAAAUUCUAACUAUUUGCAAGUUUUAUAACCUAUUAUGCUCUGUUCUGUUUACCAGGGGAAGUUACUUUUGCAACCAUGUACAUUCUAAAUUGUAGUCAGAUCACUGCAGAGACCCAAACAGCAUUUCUGGACUUAUGUAGCAGCACUGCUUCACAAAAUAAUAGAAUAGGCACAUGCAAAAGUUUUUUCACAAUAAUAUGAAUACGAAUAAAGGCAACACAACAUUCAAGAUGGUUGUGCUCUCUUUAUCUGCUGGUUAACUGACAUUUCACCUUCUUCCACAUUAUUAUUACAGCCAACAGCACAGCAUACUGUAUAACAGUACGACAGCCUCCAAACAGGAUUGAUUAUAUAAGCUGUAAGUAAAGUUAGUUAUUGAUUCUAACAAUAGCUGAAGGUUUGAAGUGCGUUUGAGAGUCAGUAUGGCAGUUUCAACAGAAAGUGAUUGCACUGCAAGUCACGGAAACGCAGGUCAAUAGUGAAAUGGUAGUAUAAAAUGAAGGAAAACCUCAGACAUUCUGACAGCUGUGUUUAGUUCAGGACUCUACCAUUCCAUGAUACCUAAUCCUUUAUGACAUUCCUUUUGUCAGUCGAACAGAUGAAGUGCUGUCACAACAAUGAUUGUUUUGUCUGUUAAACGUUUCUUGAAAACUUUGAGCGAAGCAACGCAUAGUAGUGUAAAGUACCUGACUGACUGAUUUGUUUUCUAUAAAAAUUUCCUUGUAGAUGUUCUCUUUUCAUUUCAUUUUUUGUAUGACAUGAAAAAAACAAAGGUGUGUUUUAUGUGAACUGCUUACAGUUUGCCAUCGUUUUAGGUCUAAUGUUUCUUACAGAGUUAUUUGCUAUGUUUUAAGACCAAGUGCCUAUCCUUUUUAGAUAUGCUGUAGAAAAAGAUGCAAUGUCAACUGUUUUCUAAUGCGUCCACACUUGACUAGUUCAUUCUGUAUGUAGCUCUACAGGAAAACAUGUUGUACAGAAAGCCUACAAGCAGAGAAAUGAUAUCUAUGCUUAAAAGACAGGAAUGGAAAAAUUACCUUAUGAAAGUCAAUUAUUUUUCUUGUUUUUGACUCAACAUUGUGGAAACGCUAUGCGAUCAUUUCACAGAUAUGAAAACUGCAUAAUUAUAUCAAUGCAGUUAAAUUAAUGCAAGUAAUACAUUGUGCAUGUUUAGAUGGUAGAUCUGGUCACCUAUCUGCUAUGACCACCUUGUAGAGUUUCUUUUUUCUAUUUUUUGGUAAUUAUGCCACAGUGUGAGUUUUUUUUUUUUUUUUGAGUGGACUGCACAGUGUGUGUUGGUCAGCUGGAGUCUGAAGGGGUAGGUAGGUGUGGGGUAAGGUAAGAGUGUGCACACAAUGUGAUCCAGUCUGACUCUUCAUAGGUAUUUCAAGCCAGGCUGUGUGUGUGUGUGGAUUAACACUAACACUGGUAAGCAUCAGCUGUUGCAUUUCUGGGUCCAGUUUGUUGUUUUGUGGUGUGUUUUUUCACACUCACGCAAAAAAUUGAUGUUGUAAUGUCAUGCCAAGAUAUUUUUAGCAGCUAUUGGACCAUGGAGUUUGACAGCAGGGAAUGGUACAGCAUUAAAAAUCAGGCUUUGGUGUUAAAAUGGAAAAGUUUGUUGUUGUUUAUUUAUUUUUAUUUUUUUCUAUAGCUGCCAGUUUGCAGUUCAAAGUUCACACAGGCAAGAAAUGGAUUGUAAAAGAGACAGAGUGACUAACGUGGAGCACUCUCUGAUUGACAAAUUGUAGUGGUGAUGGUAUUUCUUCAGUUCAAACAUAUCUGGCAUUUCUGUACUGACAUUUCUUGUUAUUUAUUGACCAACAUAUAUGCUGAUAUUUUUAUGCUUUGAUAAGCUAAUAGCAGUACAUACUGAUAUUAACUUAUCAACGAUGUUAGUUUGUUGUAAGGACUUGGGACACACAACUAAUAUGUCCACGUACACACUUUUUGAUUGAAAGCAAGAAGUUGAUGUCUUUUUGCUGGGGCUUGUUAAAAUGCAUUCUGGGAAAUGUAGGGAAUUCCUUUAGACCUGAAGUACUGUAGAAGUAGGAGAUGAGGCAGAUUGAGGCAUUGGCUUAUCUUGCUGGCCCAGCAAAAUAACUGUCUCAAAAUAACUAAAUCUCAUCUGGCUCUGUGAGACUGGAAAGAAUGUAGUUACACUCCAAAAGAUAAGUUACAACACAAAACACGAAACAAUUCCUGGAAUGUACAGAAUUCCACAAAUUGAUGUAACAAUGGUCAGAAGUGGAUCUGACAGUACUGGAGGGUGGAUUUUUCCUUCAAGUGGUCCUCUGAAGACACCUCACUGAUCUCCGCUCCAAUUUGAAGGAGGAAAUUCUCCCACUGUCAGAUUUCUAGAAAUACAACAUUACAACAUCUAUCAGUCACAGGAGGACUAUCUGUUGAUGCCUCAAACAACUGUAUAUCUGAACUGGAUAUGUAGGCUGAUUUACACACAAACAGUGUGUGUUUUAUGCAACAUGCUUGAUACACAUGACUGGCAUAAUCAGAUUGUCUUUUAUGAAAUGUUCAUGAUCUAUUCCUGCGCUUUUAUAUGGUGCUUUUACAUGGAGCAUGAAGACAAGAGAGCAGGGCUAUGCCACAAGACAGGGGCAUUGUUUGAGGCCGGACAGGGGCCGGAUAUAAGCUGAAGACAAGAGAGCAGGGCUAUGCCACAAGACAAACCCAUUUCUCCAUCCAUUCUGUAGUUUUACAUGCUGGUCUCUUCAGAUUCAGGCUUCAGCAUGAUUGUGACCAAAUGUUUUAUAGAAAAUGCUAUGAAAAAAAAACAUGCAAACAAAAAAGACUUAAAAUUCAUAAAGGCACAAAGUGUAAACAAGAAACAGAUAUAAUAUUUAGGAUUACAGCAACUUUAUGCGUAUAUUUGCAUGCAUAACAUUUACCCACUUUGAUGAUGUCAAAUGGAAAUCCCAUGGCUCAAAAAAUCAACCUUGAACCUGUCAAAGUGAUUCCUUUUGUCAUAGACAGGAACGCAUUCUUCUGCAGAUACAUUCAUUAUUUUAAAAGUUUUGUCACAUUAUGGCAAAAAGUCUUCAAAAUACCUGUACCUUCUCUAACAGAGGCCUCUAUUGCGUGAAAGGAAACGUACCUACGCCCUAGUAUGGGCCAAUUGGCCACCAAACAUUAGAAGCAAUCCAACUUAUUUAUUUCUUCAUACUACUGGGAGUGUAGAUGUGGCUUUUUCUUGAGAAAAUACAAAUGUUUGCAUGUUCUAACAAUGUAAGUGCAUGUAGAAAACUAAGUACUUUUAGAUACCAUAUGUUAUUUUGUUGUUGAAUUUUAAUAUUUGAUAUAAACUGUGGGGUUUGUUGAAAAGACAAAUUUCUAUUAAAAACAGUGUUGUUUUUGUCAACAGACAAUUCCAACACGUGCAGCAGAGCUGGAACAUUCCUUUAUUUGGGUCUUGGGAUUCAAUGAAGUGUUUGUUUGCCCGAUAUUAUGUUUCUUGGCCAGACUUUGAAUUCUGCAGUUGUUUCUACAUUAAACAUUUUGUAUGAAACAAGGUUCCUUGAAAUAAAAAAGAAUUAAAUUGAA